AUGUUAAGUGCUACAGAAUUAUUUACUGAAUGGCCCAGACUGGCUAUUAUUUCGGUCAUCUUGCUCCUCAUCUUUAGAUGUAUAAUCUACCCGGUGUUUUUAUCGCCAUUGUCCAAAGUCCCUGCCGCACAUCCCCUUGCUCCUAUUACUGGAGUUUGGAUCAAAUGGCACAGAUGGCACGGCACCUCCUACAAAACUAUACAAACAGCUUUUGAAAGAUGCGGCCCAUAUAUCCGCCUUGGUCCGGCUGAGAUCGCCACCAACUGCAAAGAAGGGUUCGACAGCGCCUAUGGAAUUGGGAAGAGAAACUUCGACAAAGCAUCUGUCUAUAACUAUUUUGCGCACUUUAAAACCCGCGCUCUCUUUUCUGCGCUGGAGGCCAAACAACAUAGCCAUAUCAGAGGUCGGAUGGCAGCGGUGCUGACCAGGGCUUACGUCCAGUCUUCUCAUACACGGGCCAUCUUCAAGGCAGUGUUGUUGGAGCGAUUGAUUCCAUUACUUGGACAGGCAUCACAGACUGGUUCCGGGAGCGUGAACAUACUCCCACUAUGCUAUUCAUAUUCAAUCGACUUCAUGUCUGCCUUUGUGUUUGGGCUUUCAGGGGGCCAUAGGCUCCUUGAAGAUGCAGAGGAUAGGGAGAAGUGGCUUACUCUGUAUUACACCAUCUUCAUGUCCAAUGCCCCGACCUUAUUAGGUGAAUUCAAAUGGAUCACCAGGGCAUUAACAGCCUUCGGAAUACGUUUGCUUCCAAAUGACCUUUCAAACCUGCGGAAGCAUAGUGAGGACUGGACAAGCCAGAACGUGAAGCUGGCUGAAUCCAGAUUGCAAUCACACUAUGCUCUGGGUGAGCCUUGGGCGCCAGGAGACCUCCCUGUGCUCUACAGUGCCCUUAGGAGUAGCAUUGCACGAGAGGCCGGCGUUGAGGAGACUUUCACCCCAAGUGAUGUACAAUUCCGGGAGCUAGCCAGCGAAUGCCUCGAUCAAAUAGCCUUGGUAUUGACCUACCUCCUCUACCAGCUUUCUCGUCACCCUGCCCAUCAGGAUGAACUUCAUCGAGAGCUUCUCUCCAUAGCAAGCCCGUUCCACUUGGAUCUCGACCAAGAGCCGUCCCUAUAUGAGCUACCGCCAGCAAGAGACCUGCAGCGUCUACCAUUUUUAAACGCAAUUAUCCAGGAAGGGCUCAGGUUACGGAACACUCCUCCAGGGAUGGACCCUCGAGUCACACCUAAACACUGCCUUUCAGACGUUGGUCCAUACAAAAAUUUACCUCCUGGCAUCCGUGUUGGCGCUUAUAUACACUUAAUUCACCGUAGCAGUGAAUACUUCGAUGACCCUCUCGUAUGGGAUCCUUACCGCUGGCUCAUCAAAGACUGCCAGGGCCAGUCUACGGGGAGGAAAAGACGAGUCUUCCUUGCCUUUAGUGGUGGCAGCAGGACAUGUAUCGGCCAGCACCUUGCUGUGGAAUGUAAGCCUUGCCCUAACCCCCCUGUUUGCCAUACGAUAGGCCCCGUCAUUGACCACCCCCCAGUGAUACGAAAUGCCGUAGCGGCUGUGUACACUAACUAUAGGACUAUGGUAUUCGAUGAAAGCCAAUAUCCCGGUGACAGAGGGUUUCUAAGCGGGGAUCUGAAAAAGGACAAACUCUGGAUACAGUUCAAAAGAAGAGAUUAA